CUCCUCCUCCUCCUCUGCGGGGCACUGAUCACCCCUCAUACCGGAGGCAUCUUCCCUGCGCACACGCAGCUCAGCCAGCAGCGUCAGUCGGUCCAGGCGGAUGUGCGGAUGCUGCUUCCCCACACUUUCUCAUCAUGCUCGCUCGUCUCCGCCCGGCUGCUCGCCAUCACUUCUGCCGCGUGCGUGAUCGGACCGACCGUGGAUGCGUGACUGGAGCCGAACCGGCUCUGACUGGAGCUGUCUGACUGGUCUCGCUGCACUACGAUGGUUUUAAAUUCCUGAGAAUCCUCUUGUUUGGAAAUUGCUUCCCUCCUUGAAGACCGUUUGUUUCCUCGAUGGGUUCCCGCAGUCAAGGUUUCUUCCACCACCACCACCACCACCACCGGAGCUCUGUGGUGCCUGCAACCGUCCCCCGGCUCCUCCCUGAGAAUGGGAACCUCCUGGGCGGGAUCGCUCAGAUCACUCCCAACCUCUUCCUCAGCAGGGGGAAUGUUGCGUCCAACCGCAGCCUGCUGCUCUCCAAAGGCAUCACCUGCGUGGUCAACGCCACCAUCGAGCUUCCCAACUUUAACUGGCCUCACAUGGAGUACGUGAAGGUCCCGCUGGCAGACAUGCCGCACUCGCCUAUCUCCUUGUACUUCGACAGCGUGGCUGAUAAGAUCCACAGUGUUGGACGCAAGCGGGGGGCGGUGCUGGUGCAUUGUGCGGCGGGAGUGAGCCGCUCCGCUUCGCUGUGCCUGGCGUACCUCAUGAAGUACCACCGGGUGUCUCUGGCUGAGGCCCACGCCUGGGUCAAGGCCCGUCGGCCCGUCAUCAGGCCCAACGGCGGCUUCUGGCGCCAGCUCAUCGAGUAUGAGAGGAAGUUGUUCGGCAGAAACUCUGUUAAGAUGGUGCAGACGCCGUACGGGGUCAUACCGGACGUAUACGACAGAGACCGCAGGAGUCUUGCUCCGUACUGGGGCCUGUGAAAACCUGAGCAAACUGUCCAAAAACCACAGAGAGGAGAAGCAAGUGGUGUAGCUGUACAUGUGUGAGACUUACUUACUAAACACUAGCGUGUUUGGAUCAGUGGAGUUUAACCAAACACCCAGUGCCUCUGUUUAUUGUAUGAGUAGGAGUAAGGCAACUUCAGACCCAGAAUCCUGUGGACCAGAUGUGACCAAACGAUGACGAACUGAAGAAAAUAAAUCCAAGGUGUGAAGACGGUGCUAUCUAUCUAUCUCUGGGUCUGUCUUUGGAGCGCCAGUGGAUGACUCCGUGAAGGUGUUUGUUGUGAUUCUGCAGCUCUGACAUUGAUGUCCGUUUCCUGGCGUGGUGUCCUGUGCUAGUAUCGUGUCGCAGUUCUAUUCAGUGUGAGGAGCUCUCAAUUCACGGUAGCAUUCAAGAUUAAAUAUGAAACGGACAAGGAAAAGAUAAGUGAAGGUUGAAGAUGUUACAUUUGCCUUUAUUUUAAGGUGAACUUGUGGAAUAUGCCAGCAAAGUUGAGCGAAAGCUCCUGUGUAGCACAGGGUUGACUGCUCUGUCCUGUGACCACACUAUGUUGCUGUAGUGCUUUCUGAUGCUGUAUUAAAGACUAUAUCUGCUGCUUCAGAGAAGUGGUAGCUCUA